AUGAGCACGGCGGCGCGGACGACGGGGCGGCGGGGGUUCACCAUGGGGCGCAGCGAGGACGCGACGCACCCGGACACCAUCCGCGCCGCCAUCUCCGAGUUCCUCGCCACGGCCAUCUUCGUCUUCGCCGCCGAGGGCUCCAUCCUCUCCCUCGGGAAGCUCUACCAUGACAUGAGCACGGCGGGCGGGCUGGUGGCCGUGGCGCUGGCACACGCGCUGGCGCUGGCCGUGGCGGUGUCCGUAGCCGUGAACAUCUCCGGGGGGCACGUCAACCCGGCCAUCACCUUCGGCGCGCUGCUCGGCGGGCGCAUCACCCUCGUGCGCGCCCUCCUCUACUGGAUCGCGCAGCUCCUCGGAGCCAUCGUCGCCUCCCUCCUCCUCCGCCUCACCACCGGAGGCAUGCGGCCGCCCGGUUUCUCCCUGGCGUCGGGGGUGGGGGAUUGGCACGCGGUGCUGCUGGAGGCGGUGAUGACGUUCGGGCUCAUGUACGCCUACUACGCGACGGUCAUCGACCCCAAGAGGGGCCACGUGGGCACCAUCGGGCCGCUCGCCGUGGGGUUCCUGCUCGGGGCUAACAUACUCGCCGGCGGGCCGUUCGAUGGCGCCGCGAUGAACCCGGCGCGGGUCUUCGGGCCGGCGCUCGUCGGGUGGCGGUGGAGGCACCACUGGGUCUACUGGCUCGGGCCCUUCCUCGGCUCCGGCCUCGCUGGGCUCCUCUACGAGUACGUCGUCAUGCCGUCUACCGAGACCGCCGCCCACGCCCACCAGCCGCUCGCGCCGGAGGACUACUAG